CAUACACCCCAUUGUUCCUCGAUACCCUCGACUUUAAAUAGCAGCUCCUCUUUCGCAGAAGCCCUCUCUCUGCUUUCUCCAUACAUUCAGCCGCAAACCAGGGGUUUGAUUUGAAGGCAAAAUGGCUGAAAGGCACCAGCACCCAAAUAUUAUGCGGAAGGUAGCUGGUCAGCUCCAUCUCAGUUCCAGCAUUUCCCAAGAUGUUCAAAAUCACUAUGGCAGUUUCCAAAGUCCUGCUCUGUACCAGAGGCGUUCUGCCUUUGGAAAUUAUUCUAAUGUGGUAUUGCAGUAUCCCAUGACCCAGUCAUGUCAAGCUACCCAAGAUCUGUCAUUGAUUGCCUCAACUGCUUCACCUGUGUUUGUUCAAGCCCCCCAGGAGAAAGGUUUUGCCAGCUUUGCUGUCGAUUUUCUUAUGGGAGGAGUUUCUGCAGCUGUGUCUAAAACAGCAGCUGCUCCAAUUGAGCGUGUGAAGCUUUUGAUCCAAAAUCAGGAUGAAAUGAUUAAAGCUGGACGGCUCUCUGAACCCUACAAGGGAAUUGGAGAUUGUUUUAGCCGAACAAUCAAAGAUGAAGGAUUUGCAUCAUUAUGGAGAGGGAACACGGCUAAUGUCAUCCGUUACUUCCCAACUCAGGCAUUGAACUUUGCUUUCAAGGAUUACUUUAAGAGACUGUUCAACUUUAAGAAGGACAGGGAUGGUUACUGGAAGUGGUUUGCUGGUAACUUGGCAUCUGGUGGUGCUGCUGGUGCUUCUUCCCUACUCUUUGUCUAUUCCCUUGAUUAUGCCCGAACCCGUCUUGCAAAUGAUGCAAAAGCUGCAAAGAAAGGAGGAGGAGACAGGCAAUUCAAUGGCUUGGUUGAUGUCUACAGAAAGACUCUCAAAUCAGAUGGGAUUGCUGGGCUUUACCGAGGAUUCAACAUCUCAUGUGUUGGUAUCAUUGUGUACCGUGGUCUCUAUUUUGGAAUGUACGAUUCUCUGAAGCCAGUGAUCCUGACUGGAAAGCUACAGGAUAGUUUCUUCGCUAGCUUUGCUCUUGGUUGGGUUAUCACAAAUGGUGCAGGCCUCGCCUCCUAUCCAAUUGACACAGUCCGCAGAAGAAUGAUGAUGACAUCAGGUGAAGCCGUGAAGUACAAGAGUUCCUUGGAUGCAUUCAAUCAGAUCCUCAAGAAUGAGGGUGCGAAAUCUCUCUUCAAGGGUGCUGGUGCAAACAUUCUUCGUGCAGUUGCUGGUGCCGGUGUGCUUGCUGGUUAUGACAAGCUUCAGGUGCUUCUGUUGGGAAAGAAGUAUGGUUCCGGUGGAGCCUAAGUAAGACCAUCAUUUCAUGCUACUCCUUACACCCUUUAGUUCUCUCUAUAGAUGGUGAUGAAAAUCAUUUUUGAGUUAUUAAUUUAAGAAUUCAUCCAAAUCAAUUUUUAAGCAUUUGAAUAACAUAGCUUAGGAGGGGUUUUAUGACCCAAACAUCGUUCCUCAUUAAACAAUUUUUGUUCCCACAAACAUGAUUGUUGGAGAGGUUAAAAUUAUCCUCAAUGGAUUUGAAUUUAUAUUCAACUAUAUUUUUUUGCUUUA